UAGCAUUUUUUAGCCAAAGCGUUUCGAUCGCCUGAUCGAGCGGACGGCUUCGGUGACCUAGUAAAUAAGCCAAACAUUUGUUUUUCGCGCGCAGUCAUUUAAAAUCAAUUACACCAAACGUUGCCGACCACUGCUUAAAACGGUAGAUUAAGUAGAACACUACAGUUCAAAACGAAAUCCGUUGAUAAGACCCACCAACCCAACAGAAUUCCGCAUGUUGGGCUAGGUCUUCACAACGAGACCAUCGUGCGCAGACACAACAUAAGGCAUGGACAACGGAAGCGGCUCGACGAUUUUCCCUGGACUGGGCAGCACAUUGAUUGCUGCAGUUCCGGAGUGGUUUGGAUGGAUGCAUAAUUUAUCGCUACCCCUGUUGGUGAUGUUUGUACUGCCGUGGAUGUAUGUGUUAUUGAUUUUAUCAUCCAUUCCGUAUUUACAUCUUUGCAAUAUCGUUCGCUUGCAGUUCUGGAGAAAUAGCAAUGAAAAUGAAUUCUGGAACAAGGCUCGAUGGUUAAUGGCGUACGUUUGGAACCUUCAUAGUAGAAUAUUUCAUGGAUAUGAAGUAACUGGUCUGGAAAAUCUGCCCGAGACAGGGCCCGCACUGUUGAUCUAUUAUCACGGUGCACUACCCAUCGAUAUGUACUAUCUGACGGCCGACACGAUGUUGAAACGAAACCGUCUGAUCCACACGGUUGGCGAUCGGUUUCUGGAUCAUAUUCCCGGCUGGCGGCUUGUUUCGCGCGUAAUGAAGGUCACUUCUGGCUCGGUGCAGUCAUGCGUGUCUACGUUGCGUGCCGGUGAGCUGCUGUCGAUUGCACCGGGUGGCGUGUAUGAGGCCCAGUUUGGUGAUAAUAUGUAUGAGGUGCUAUGGAAAAAUCGAACUGGAUUCGCGAGAGUAGCGCUGGAAGCGAAGGUGCCCAUCAUUCCCAUGUUCACGGUUAACAUACGUGAAUGCUUUCGUACCGUAUCGUUGGCCAGGUGGCUGUUUGUACGCAUCUAUAACGUGUUGAAAAUUCCCGUCCUGCCCAUUUAUGGCGGCUUUCCUGUCAAGUUGCGCACGGUGCUUGGCAAACCGAUACCGUACGAUGGUUCGCUGAGCCCUGCCGAUUUGCAGGAAAAGGUUGCCGGUGCUAUUGCAGAGCUAGUUCAAGAACACCAGCGACGUCCCGGUGAAAUUUUGCAAGCCAUCGGUGAUCGAUUUGAAGCAGUGCACUUGCAGAGAAAGGAAACGUAAUUAUAGUCCAUGAUGUAAGUGUGUUUAUUUUUCUAUUAGUUUUUUAUCUUUCGAAUAAAAAGCGAACUUAAGUAAUGUUGCUUCAAUGCGGCAUUGCUAUUGAGAAUGAAUCAGUAAAAUAUGAAUUUAAAAUUUAUAGCAAGUAACUGCACAGUGAGCAUCUCUCAUGAGUGAAAUUAUAUAUUUUUGUUCUGUAUGU